CAAUAAUAGGCUGCUAGGGGCGUGGCCGAGGGAGUCCCACGAGGUAAAGAUGCUGCGGGCGGAACCUGCCGGAGCGAGCGGGAUUCGGGGGUGCUAAAGUCGCAAGGGCAGGGCAGGAAGGAAGAUCCGGAACGGGGCGUAGGAUCCGGAGCUGGAGGCCCCCAGGAUUCCCCCUCUGUGAAAAGGCACACUGAUCUGUCUGGAUAAGUGAGGCCGGCCCCAUGUAUCCGGAAUCAACCACGGGGUCCCCAGCUCGACUCUCCCUGCGGCAGACAGGCUCCCCCGGGAUGAUCUACAGUACUCGGUAUGGGAGUCCCAAAAGACAGCUCCAGUUUUACAGGAAUCUGGGCAAAUCUGGCCUUCGGGUCUCCUGCCUGGGGCUUGGAACAUGGGUGACCUUCGGGGGCCAGAUCACGGAUGAGAUGGCAGAGCACCUAAUGACCUUGGCCUACGAUAAUGGCAUCAACCUAUUCGAUACGGCGGAGGUCUACGCCGCUGGAAAAGCUGAAGUGGUAUUAGGGAACAUCAUUAAGAAGAAGGGAUGGAGACGGUCCAGCCUUGUCAUCACCACCAAGAUCUUCUGGGGUGGAAAAGCGGAGACUGAGAGAGGCCUUUCCAGGAAGCACAUAAUUGAAGGACUGAAAGCGUCCCUGGAGCGGCUGCAGCUGGAGUACGUGGAUGUGGUUUUUGCCAACCGCCCAGACCCCAACACGCCCAUGGAAGCAGGGGACCCAUUUAGUUCCUUCAAGUCACGGACAUUCAUCAUUGAAGAGACCGUGCGGGCCAUGACCCAUGUCAUCAACCAGGGGAUGGCCAUGUACUGGGGCACAUCACGCUGGAGCUCCAUGGAGAUCAUGGAGGCCUACUCGGUGGCUCGGCAGUUCAACCUGAUCCCGCCCAUCUGCGAGCAAGCGGAAUAUCACAUGUUCCAGAGGGAGAAAGUGGAGGUCCAGCUGCCAGAGCUGUUCCACAAGAUAGGAGUAGGUGCCAUGACCUGGUCCCCUCUGGCGUGCGGCAUCGUCUCAGGGAAGUAUGACAGCGGGAUCCCACCCUACUCCAGAGCCUCCCUGAAGGGCUACCAGUGGUUGAAGGACAAGAUCCUAAGUGAGGAGGGUCGCCGCCAGCAGGCCAAGCUGAAGGAACUGCAGGCCAUUGCCGAACGCCUGGGCUGCACCUUACCCCAGCUGGCCAUAGCCUGGUGCCUGAGGAAUGAGGGUGUCAGCUCCGUGCUUCUGGGUGCUUCCAAUGCAGAACAACUUAUGGAGAACAUUGGAGCAAUACAGGUCCUUCCAAAAUUGUCGUCUUCCAUCGUCCACGAGAUCGACAGCAUUCUGGGCAAUAAACCCUACAGCAAAAAGGACUAUAGAUCCUAAGUCUACUCCCCAGCCCCUGUGCCCCACCCGGACAGUUCCCGGUUCCCUCCUCGUCUCUGUUCGCUCGCUUCUGCUGUUUCAAAGCCAAAUGCAGAGUGUGGUUCACAUCCAAGGGGAAAUCACUAUGCCCAGACGUGACCGGGAAUCCAUCUCCAAAGUCACCGCCAGAUGCCGCCUGCCGCUGCUUCACUGGAUACUGUCCGACGACGGAUGCCAGGGGAUGGCAUCAGUUACGGGGACAUCCAGAGGAUCCCGCCCAAGCCCACCACCUCUGCUUAUCCUUCAAGAAGAAACACUUGCUCCCAGCCAUGGCCCUUCACGGAGAUUCUAGAAGCCAUGGCUGGGUGGAGGAGGUCUCGUCCUUAGAGCAGGAGGGGCCGCCAAGAACCCGUCUCAAAGGAGGGGUGUGCACCCUUCUCCCAGAGUCCUGGUGGUUAGAGCAGGGCCCUCCCUCUUUCCAUGGACACCAGGUACUUUGCUCGAGGCUGGCCGGGAACCCCACUCUUCCUAGGCCUUGACCUGCCCCACAUACCCACCGGGCCUUGGCUGACAUUAUAGCUACCCAGCUGGCCCUUGGCCCCCACCCUCACCCUUGCUGGCAGGGCCAGGGAUUCCAGCUGGCUUUCCCAGCAUCUUCCAACUGCUGAGCCCCACAGCAGGCAAGCUCAGCAGGCUUGGAUGGAGCCCAUCGGAGUAUGCCUCUCAAGACAGACACUCGUGGGCAAGUGUGGCAGCUGGCCCCACCGCAGGCAGGUGGCAGCAGGCUCGCAAGACCAUAUUGCUCUCACAGACCUUCCUCCAAUACCUCUGCUGUACCGGGGCAGUGGGCUCAUGAUGUGGGCUUUGCCCAGGUGAAGCACUUAGAGCUAUGUUGCAAGCCAGGGGACUACGGGAGCUGCUCCAGUAAUAGUCUCCAUGUUUUAAGAAUAGAUCCCAGGGCCUCCCCCUGGAAAAAUGGUUAGGACCGCCCAUUCCCUUCUGCAUACCCUCAUGCUAGCCUAGGGCAGGAUGGGGAGAGGGAGUAGUGGAAAGGAUAGGCAGCCCUUUAUCACUGGGAGGUGCAUGGAUGUUGAUGCCAGGGAGCCUGAGGGAUUGGUUAGUACACGCUGCCCGGAGGCCCCAUCCCAUGGUCUUGUGAUGCUCUGGGGGACAGGGUCCUACCCAGCUGGCUCCCUAGGAGACCAGCCUCCUGCCCUGCUGCACAGACCAUGGCCAGCUCCCAGGCACAAGCCCUGGAUGCAUAGCACCCUGGCUUUGCCUUCUGUAGCUGCUAUUGCAAGGCUGCUCCCUGCUGCUCUUAAGGCUGGGCAGAGGUGAGGAUGGGGGGAGGGGGGAGAUGGGGGGGUUAUGGGGAGGAGACAGGAAGAAAGGCAGACAGGGUGAGUAGCUUCCUCUCUCCCACAAAACCCCCCUGAAAACCCUGGGCUCUCUAACCUUGGCUGCUCAUAGCGCUGAUCCUGAGACCUCAGAAGCAGCUCUGUGGGUGUGGGGAUGGAGGCCACUGGGCUCUGGUACUUCCAUGCCUGGCUAGCGAAGCCAGCUUUCUGGACAGGGCCCUGCAGUGGCCCAGCAGGAAAUACCAGACCUGUCCACACAGCUGGCCUUGGCCCUUCUUGUUAGGUGGGCCAGGCAUGCAGGGAUGUCCUCAGUGGGAGCUACUGCCUGCCUGUGAACCACACCUCAGAGCAAAGCUCCUGCUGGUGAUGUGCAAGAGACAGGAAAACAGGCUGCCAGGCUAAGGCCCACAGGAUAAACUGGGCUAAAGCCCACAUGAGCCCUAGAUGCAGAAGACAUGUUAACCAAGUGUUUCUGACAGGUUGUCUUCCACACCCACUCUCGAAGUGUCAGGGAUUUGCUUCUUAAACUUCUGUGGAGGAGUUUGGCUUGGGAGGCCAUGCAGAGCAAGUACAGACAGCCUGUUAGUGGGAGCUUGCCCCCAGGCCCUCAAAGGGUGUAAGGCCAGCUCCUUCCUCCAUGGCCUCUCCUUCCUUUAGUCCAGCUGCCUGCAGGCCAGUCCAAGCCAGCUUCUCUUCACCUUGAAGUAGUCUGCCAGGCCUGGUGCAAGAGGAGGGCCAUGUAGAGAGGAUCUGGCACUCGGAGCCCAAGGUCCCGAGGCACAGCAGGGCACCUGUGUGCCUGCUCUCCUCAUGUACAUACAUAACGUGCUUUCUCGCCCCGUUUUUGUUUGUUUGUUUGUUUGUUUGUUUGUUUUAAACGAGCGUGGCUCCUCGCUAACUGCACCCCACCAGGCCGACAGCAAACGCCUCCAGCUUCCUGACAGACUCAGACCAAGGUGCGGGCCCCGUAUUUAUGGAAUGGCAAAUAAAACCCGAGCCCUUUGGUCUCCA